AUGAGAGCCUUGACAAUUGUGCCAAUCUUUUUCCUUCUAGGAUCAACCUUGCUUCUUAUCCUCACAGCCAUCAAUGGUGCAGGAACAUCAUCCGUUUUAGGUAAAUUUUACUGGUCAGAAACCGACACUUCGGGAAUUCAGGGUGCUCCACAGGAUACUACUAGAUGGACUUUCUACAGAACCUGUGGUGUUUCCAAUGGCCGUAACUCUGACUGUACCAAAUCCUCAGCAGCCUAUCCAUACUCGCCAAAGGAUAACUUUGGCAGUGAAAGCGGAUUGCCAGAAAGCUUUAUCAGCAACAGAAACACAUACUAUUACUUGUCACGUAUUGGUUGGUCAUUCAUCAUUGUGGGUCUAUUCUUUGCUGUUAUUGCCUUGAUCAUUGUGCCAUUGAACUUUUGUUUUGCCAUUGGUGGAACAAUUGCAUCUGUGGCUACAGGUGUGGCAUUCCUCUUUACCAUUACUGCAGCUUGUUUGAUUACUGCAGCACAUGUCAAAGGUAGAAAUGCCUUCAACAAUGCUGGUCACCACACAAGCUUGAGUGCCAAGUCAUUUGGUAUUCUUUGGGCUGCAGUUGCUACAUUGCUCAUCACCUUGAUCACUUCGGCCCUUGCAACUUGGGGAACAAAGAGAGGUAACAAGAAGAGAUUUGGUUCUGGUAGAAACAAUGGUGCCGGUGCCGGUGCUGGUGCAGGUGGUGCUUAUGACCAUGAUAUUGAAAAUAACUACAACAAGGAGAGAGGUGGUGACUAUGCACAAGGCGACUAUGUCGAUGGUGCCAAUACCAGAGGUGUUGUUGCUGGUGAAGGUGAGCCAAUUUCCGAUGCCUCAAAAUUCAGAUUCUUUAGAGUCAAGAGAGCCAAGCCUGAAGAGAUUUAA